AUCAGGUUUAUUCAGUCUUUAACCACUGAGCUUUGAGCGACACUGAAAUGCUCACCUGUAUAUUAAUAAUGCAUUACAGCAGUCCUAUCUGUCAGAUCCACUCAGUCGUUUCCAUGGUGUGUAACAGUGCACAGUCACGGUGGGAUCCGGGAUACGCUGAAGAUUCUGCAAGAUUGUGACUGAUUUGGAUUUGCCUGACAAACAUGGAGCUAAUUGGUUCAACACAACUGGCCACAUACACACGGCCCAAGACCAGCAACUUUCUGCCAGCCAUCUCCACGACAGCAUCCAGCUACAGAAGCCUCCAGCCGACCCUUACCACCAACCAGAACUCCAACUGGAGGACUAACAUGUACUUCAGGACUGGUAGUGCUAUUCCCUCCAUCCUCCCUGUAUCUCAAAGAGAAAACCUGGACCUGGUUCGCGCCAAGACUAUGUUCUACCCAUCCAAUAGAACGGCACUAAUGACACGCUAUACACCAGAUGACUGGUACAAAUCCAACCAGAGCAACUACAGAGAUUCAGAGUCCUCCAGGAAGAGUUCAGAGAGGCUGAGAAAGGACACGAUCCGGUUGAUCCAGGACCGGGAUCAGCUCACACGCAAGACUCAAGAGAGCACCAGCAGGAACCUGGGGGAGAGGCUAAACGAUAUUAGCUUUUGGAGGUCUGAGCUGGGCCAUGAAAUUGACAACAUGGUGACAGAGAUAACAGCACUGACAGAGGUGAAAAGACGACUGGAGAGAGCCCUUACCGAGACAGAGGGCCCACUUCAGGUGUCCCAGGAAUGUUUGUUUCAUCGAGAGAAAAGGAUGUCAAUCGACCUGGUACAUGAUGGUGUUGAAAAAGACUUGAUUAAGGAAGUGGAGGUGAUAAAAUCAUGUCAGGAGAGAAUGAGGAGGAACUUGGAUAAAGCCAUCGCACAGCUGGCAUCGAAUCGAUCAGCACAGCAUGAACUGGAAAAAGAUUUAAACGAUAAGGUCUUAGCUCAGCGUAUAGACGACAGGUGUCACCAGCUGUGCAAUGCCUCGGAUGGAAUCAGCUACUACAGAGGAAUUGAGCGCCUCGAUCCCUCUCUGAGCUUGCCUGACACGUGGUCAAAGUUCACCGAUGACAACAUCCUGCACUCUCAGAGUCAGCGUGCGACGUCACACAAGCUCCGUGACGAGAUCGAGGUGCUCCUGAGCGUCACCUCCAGCGAGAUGUGGAACCAGUUCAACAGUGUUAACGUAGCCUUCACUAACCGCAUCUCUGAAAUGGCUGAUACCAAGAACAGCUUGCAGGCUCACUUAGCCAAGACCCUUCAGGAGAUUUACCAGACCGAGAUGCUCAUUGACACCUUGAGAAAGGCGAUACGUGACAAAGAGAAUCCUCUCAAACUGGCUCAGACCCGUCUGGAGGAGAGAACCCGUAGACCCAAUGUGGAACUCUGCAGGGACAACCCACAUCACAGGUUGGUGAGUGAAGUAAAGGAGAUUGAGGGCACAAUUCAUACUCUCAGAGAGCGACUGAGGGAGGCCGAAAACACUUUGCAGAACCUAGUAAAGACAAAAGUGGCUUUGGAGCAUGACCUCUCCAUCAAAGCCAACUCACUCUUUCUGGAUCAGGAAAAAUGCAUGAGCAUGAGGAAGAGUUUUCCCAGCACGCCACGUCUGGUGGGAUACACUUAGAAUUCUGUCUUUCUUUAAUGCUAAUAACCCUUGUGUGGUAUUAGAUAAGUAUGGAUAUUAUACAUUUACACAUUUGCUAAUGGUUAAUGAAAGGAAAUAAGUGUAAUCAACAACAUUCGAUUAUAAUUGCACUUGUUUUCUACUGUAGCUUCAACAUAAUACAUUUGUUUUGAUUUUUUAAAAUCUUUUUACAUACAGUAUAAAAUAUCCAAAUAGAGUAUUUUGAUAGAGCACAAUUAAACAGUUAAACAGUCUACAGUGACUUGCUCAUCAUCAUACACAUUUACACUUCAUACAAACUUCUAUAAUUCCUAUGAUUGUGUAAAGUUGCUUUGCGACA